GCUGCUUCUGGACUACAAUUCUCACCAUCCCUACCCAGCAGGACCAGUGGUCAUGGAUGAUGGGAACUGCAGUGCGAAAUCAUCUGGAGAUCAAAGUUUGGGAAACCCUUCUCCAGAUGAACUGGGGUGUACCUGCCUUAAGGAGCCCUUCUCUUCCUUUGACGGCAACCUUCAGAGCUUUGCAGCACCUCAGCAAGUUGGAAGCCACUCUGCCCAUGCUCAGAGGCCAACGACGUCUUACCGAAAGCCGCUUUUUGAUCAGCUUGGGGACGGUGCUGGGGGAGCCACUCCGCCCGCUGCCAGCCCAGGACAACGACGCCUCCCUUUGCAGCGGGAGACGCCUGUGAAAAAGCAAACACAGCCAGGGCGUGUCUCCCCCCAUGCAAUCUUCUCGAGGGCUUGUAAGCGACGUCUGUAAAAGGGUCCCACAGAGGCGACUCAUCCGUUGGCUGCGGGUGGGAAAGCGACGCCGCUCACCUCAGAAGCUGCUCUGGCGUCCGGGAUUCCUUCUCCGUCAGCAGCCUUGCCCGCCCGAACGCUCUCCGGACGCGUCGCCUUUUUGAGCCCUCGCGCUCCCCGUACCCGCGGCAGGCAGGGGAGGAAGCGUCAAAAUGGCGGCGGGAGGAGAACUUUUCGGAGUGAGCGGCGGCGGCUGGUUUGAAACAGGGGCUCUUCUCGAGGUCUUUUAGAACGCAAGAAGCAACAAUAGCGAAGCUCCCUCUAGGAAAUUUCCAAAAAUGGAGCUUUCGAAGUCUUCGGAAUUCUUUCUCAGUACGUCAGUAAUCCCUGGCAGUUAUUGAUGAAGCAACGCUACAGGAGGCUGCUUUUGCUUCACGUUUAUUGGAGGAAAUUCAAACAGUUAUUUCCUGUGAACUGGAUGCAAUCACUACGAGUCAGCUUACAUGUGUAGAUCAUUGCGUUACUGUGUUAGCCACUGUCUCUAUGCAGCAAUGACAAGACUAGAUGAGGCAAACCGAGAAGUGAACAUGCACUCAUCUGUCCGGUAUCUGGGCUAUUUAGCCAGAAUUAAUUUAUUGGUUGCAAUAUGUAUGGGCCUUUAUGUCAGGUGGGAGCAGACAGCAGAUGCAUUAAUACUUGUAAUUUUUAUCCUGGGACUUUUUGUUCUUGGAAUUGCCAGUAUACUUUAUUACUAUUUUUCAAUGGAAGCAGCAAGUUUAAGUCUCUCUAAUCUUUGGUUUGGAUUUUUACUUGGCCUUCUCUGUUUUCUUGAUAAUGAUUCUUUUAAAAAUGAUGUGAAAGAAGCAGCAACCAAAUAUUUGCUGCUGUCUUCCAUAAUCAUAAGAAUAUUGUUUGCUUUCGUGCAGAGGAUAUGUGGCUGUAUUCAUCAUCGACCAACUUUGCUGACAACAGUUGAAUUUCUUGAGCUGGUUGGAUUUGCAAUUGCCAGCACAACUAUGCUGGUCCAAAAAUCCAUGAGUAUUAUCUUGUUGGUGGUGGCUUUGGCAAUGCUGAUUAUUGACUUACGGAUGAAGUCUUUCCUGGCAAUUCCAAAUUUGGUAAUCUUUGGAGUCCUUUCCUCUUGGUUAUUUUUUCCAUCCCUACUCAUACCAACGAACCCAUUCGCCUUGGGAUGCUUUUUCAGCUGUCUAAUAACAGAUCCUCUUCUUGACAUCUACUUCAGUGGACUUUCAGUUACAGAACGUUGGAAACCCUAUUUGUAUCGUGGUAGAGUAUGCCGGAGAUUUUCAGUCAUUUUUGUUGGCCUUAUCGAACUUAUUUAUUUCAUUCUUUCAGCCCUGAAACUAGGCGAUUUGGAUGUCUGGUAUUUUGUGAUACCUGGCUUUUCCAUUUUUGGAAUUUUCUGGAUGGUCUGCCACAUCAUUUUUCUUAUAACUCUCUGGGGAUUUCAUACAAAAUUAAAUGACUGCCACAAAAUAUAUUAUACACACAGGACAGAGAACAACAGCCUUGACAGAGUUAUGGCAUCAAAAGGAAUGCGUCAUUUUUGUUUAAUUUCAGAGCAACUUGUAUUUUUUAGCCUUCUUUCAACAGCAGUUUUGGGUACUGUAUGUUGGCAGAAAUUCAAUGGGAUCUUCAUGAGUGUGUUUCUGAUUGUCUUGCCACUAGAAUCCAUGGCUCAUGGACUAUUUCAUGAACUGGGCAACUGUUUGGGAGGAACAUGUGUUGGCUAUGCAGUUGUGAUUCCUACCAAUUUCUGCAGUCCUGAUGGCCAAGCAACACUGCUUCCACCUGAGCAUGUACAAGAGCUAAAUUUGAGAUCCACUGGCAUGCUUAAUGCCAUCCAAAGGUUCUUUGCAUAUCAUAUGAUAGAGACUUACGGCUGUGAUUAUUCAACAAGUGGAAUUUCUUUUGACACCCUUCAUUCUAAGUUAAAAUCUUUUCUUGAACUUCGGACCCCUGAUGGACCCAGACACGAUACCUAUGUGUUAUAUUACAGUGGCCAUUCUCACAGCACUGGAGAAUGGGCGCUUGCAGGUGGUGAUGCAUUACGGCUCGACACACUUAUAGAAUGGUGGAGAGAAAAGAAUGGCUCUUUCUGUUCACGGCUUAUUAUACUGUUGGACUGUGAGAACUCUCAGCCGUGGGUUAAAGAAGUAAGAAAAGUCAGCGACCAGUAUGUUGCAGUUCAAGGAGCAGAACUGGCCAAAGUGGUAGACACAGAAGAGUCAGACCUCCCGCACCUUGGUGAUUUUACCAGAGAAUGGGUUGAAUACAACUGUAAUCCUGACAAUGACAUCAGCUGGUUUGAAAAAGGGCGUACUGUGAAAGCCAUGUAUGGCGUGUCAAAGCGGUGGAGUGACUACACAUUGCACUUGCCAAGUGAAAGUGAUGUUGCCAAACACUGGAUGAUAUAUUUCCCACGCAUCACUUACCCACUGAUUCAUCUGGCAAACUGGUUCUGUGGUCUUAAUAUCUUUUGGGUUUGCAAAGCUUGCUUUAGGUGUUUGAAAAGAUUUAAGAUGAAUUGGUUUCUUCCCACAGUUUUGGACACAGGACAAGGCUUCAAACUCGUCAGAUCUUAAUUUAAGAACCAAAGAUGAUAAGAACUGGGAACUCAUAGAAAAUAUGACUGAUUUUUAUUUUUAACAGUUUACUGUUUGAAGAAACUUUGCUACUUUUGUAGCUGUAUUCCCUUUGCUCAUUGUCCCGAGCAACUAAAGGGUUUAGAAACCUCAUUAGAAAACAAAAAGCAGCAAAAGUGUUAAUUGUUACUGAGCUGAGUCUGAAUUCCAUGAAAGUUAUGAAACAUGACCAUGUCCUUGAGAGACUGGUUUGUCUGCGCACUUGCACAAAUUGAUUUAAAUUGGCACAGUUUCCAUGCUUUUUACUGUUAAAUACCUGAUGUGUUCUCAGCACACCACUUGGCACUCAUAUAUAAAAGGAAGUAAUUAUGAUCAUACGUUGCUUUGAUAAAUUUCAGGCUUCCAGAAAUAACAAUGAACUGAAAUUAAAACAAAGCAAAGAACCAGGUCAGGAAGCUAGUAGCAGUCCAGGAAUGCUUAAGUGAAUGUAAGUUUGAUAGCUUUUUUUAUUGGAAUUCCAUGUACUUAGAACAGCAACCUUACAAGAUGCAUAUAUGGAAACAACUGUCAUUGAUGUCAGAAGUAUUCUUCGGAUGGC